AUGCAGCAACCUUCAAGCCAGGAGAUACCCUCAAACAUCACCGCGGAUGUUGAAGAGACUCCCCAACUUACCGGAAGGCCUAGCGAAAGCCAUGCUGAGCAACAGUUGCCACUUCACCGAUCUCUCGAUAAGGCAAUCGAGGAGAAGCCGAUAUCAUCUACGGAAAAGCCCAAGAGCUUAGACUUUCUAGUUAAAGCUGGCAUCUUCAUCUCUUUCAUCUCCAUCGCAGCCAGCUUCGCUUUCAUCACCUGGCUUUGGUGGACUCCGCAGGACAACGAUCGCUGGCGUGCCUGGGUGCUCGCAAACCGGCUUCAGCCUAGCGUCACCCUCGCUGCGGUCGUCAUCCGUACCGCUGUCGGCACUCUUGCUGCCACUGCCACGGCACUGAUCGCCUCAGUCGCGGUUGAGCGACGCGGUGUUCAUGCGCACGCCAUCCCCCAAGUUUCCACCGCCAGAUUUUCCGGCAGCGGCCCCCUUUCCCUGGGACAUCUGGCACUAAGGUCUUACAGACUUGACAUAGUUGUCCGCUUGAUAGUCAUUCUUCUGAUUCUAACAACGUUCGCCGUACAAUUCAUAUCGACGCUUCUUGUUUCCGAUCUCCAGCAAGGGGAGAUUACCUCGUUCGCUCGAUCUAUUCCGAACCCAUAUUCCAUCAGACUUUACAAAGAAUUCAGCAGAGGAAGUGGGGAUCUGAUGAGCCAGCCAGAUAGCUAUUGGGGACAAAGACCACGCUUCGCUGAAACGUUCGCUGAGCACUCAGAGCCUCCACUUGUUGGCGACGGAAUAGAUGACACGGGUCCGACUAUCCGAGCAUUUCUUCCCUUUGCAUCGACAGAAACAAGGGAAUCGGUUUCCACAUUCAGUGGCAUGGUGCGUGUCAGCGACUCACGCGUCGUUUGCGUGAGGCCGGUUAUCAGCAACCUUACCUUUUGCGAGAUCAAAAUGAUUGAUUCCGAAGUCAACGUUGGUGUAUGUGGUGUCUUACAGCUAGACAGGCCUGCAGCGGCUGCUGCGGGCUUGGAAUGGUCAGAAAAGGAUCGAUUUACCUUCGGAUGUCCUGUACCAUACGGUUCGCCGGAUCGCAUUUGGCAGAUAUGUCAGAAUCACACAUUUGACGGUGUUCUUACGAGCUCUGAGUGGUCUCUAUACAAACACAACAGAACAGAUGACAUCAGGCUUCUCUGGAAUGCGACUGGGAAUGGUAUCCUGGGGUUUAGAGACUUCGAACUCUACACUCCAUCGACAGUGGAGAUGCUGAAUUCUACAGCAAAUGGUCCAUGGAUAAGUUACGCCUUUAAUGUGACGCUAGAAAACUCAAUUGCCAAAAUCGAAAGAGACUCGAUCCGACAACUAGACAUACAUGCUUCGAGGUUGCAAUCGUUGAGCAGCCGAACGGCCAGAGCCGAGCCAACUUACGGCUGGACGGUGGACUCGGCGGCUUUCACCACCGAGUCGGUGCGCAAGCAACUCAAGGCUGUCACGAAUUAUUCCUUAUCGUUACGGCCAUACGAACGGGGCGGGACUCUGUAUAUUGACCAACAACGACUGAGAUCGAGCAUCGGCGAGGCUCGAAAUGGUACGUUGACGAAGUACGCAACAGGCCGAAUGAUGAACGAAUUCCUCGGCAGCGUCUUUAGCAGGUCGCAGGGGGUGCAGAUGCUACUUUGCUCUUCCUGUCAGCAUACGUUUGAGCCAUCUUUUGUCACGCCCGAUGAUCUGUACGCUCAACUCUAUGACGAUACCCUGAAAGCCACUGGCUCACCCGCAAGAGCCCUGCAGGCAUUGUACUUCACACUCGAGCGGUCUGUAUAUUACGACAAGCUGAGCAGUUACUCAUCUGUCGAGCUUGACGGGGACGAGCCUGCUGUCGCAGAAAUAAUGGCAUUCGAACUGGCGCAGAUCCCGGAGCACUACAAAGGAUACUGGGCUGUUGUGGGCAUUCUAACCGCUUUCCUAGCCACCUUCGCUGCGGCGGUGUGGCUUUACCGGCCGAUGUGCUACAGUCUGCCAGGUAACUCCUGGCAUGCUAUCGCACAGAUAUCUGAGAGCGCCGAGCUUGCAGAUCUCCUUCACAAAGCGAGAAUGUCCACCGACGAGGAGGUCGAGCAUAUGGUCAGAGGGACCCCGAAGCCCACGUCCAGCUUGGGCAGCGACGGAUUUGUUGUUUACGCAAAGGAGGCUCUCCAGCGCUCUCUAGCCGUGUUCAAAUCCUCAGCUACGUCUGGCUCGCAGAAAACAGCACCGCGUCUCGUGGUCCGGGAGGGCGUCUUUGUCCGCAUACCAGAGGAAGAGGCGUAUACGGAACUGAGGGCAAGCGGCUUGCGGCGCCGCUUGGUUAGGAAAGACUCAUGGAGCGAGAGUGUCGAUUGA